UAACACUGGCUUCCUGCGAGCUGUUGCUGCUACUGCGGUUUAUCCGUCUGAAAAAUGUUAUCCGCUGUUUGGCGUCGCAGUUGUGGCCGCUAAGCUCACCUCAAAAACAAAACGUCCGUAUAUUUUAGUGAGUUGGACACUUAAAGAGACUUAAAAAAGGUUAAAUGUGGUUGGACGUUUGGUGGGUUACCAAGACAAACAUCCUCCUGUGAAAUGUUGCAACCUGAAGAGUUAGAGGUUGUGUAAGCCAUGAUCUGAGGUGGACGUAGACUUGCACUCACACACAUCAGUCAUGUCUCAGUCUGAAUCCUGUGCGACUGUGUGGGACUGGUUAUGUGUGCUUCGUCUGGAGCAGUAUUCUGAGGCAUUUCAGAAUGCCGGGCUGUCAACGUUACCACAAUGUCGCAACCUCACACCAGAUCAACUGGAGCGGAUGGGCAUCACACUGCCGGGUCACCAGAGACGCAUCCUGGCUAGCCUGAACAAAACACAUAGUAAUAAUGAAACACAAUCUGACACACACUCUCACCUUGUACAGUCUGAGAGAGAUCAGAGAUUAGAGGAAACAGGGCAUGGCAAAGUGUUGCAGAGAGAGAGACCUGUGCCUAUCCCAGUGGGAAAAAAACCUGUCCUGAAGGAAAGGGAGAAAAGAGAUGGAGAGACAUCGAGACCUACACCCAGGGAAAGAGAGAAACCAGUCCCCAGGGAGAGACAAGUGUCCAGGAUGAAAGAGGAAAGGGGUGAAGGAGGAGAGAAGAAGCCAGUUCCUGGACAAAGACAAACAGCACCUAGAGGGGGAAAAGAGGAAGAGAGGGAUGGAAGAAUAGAUGGAGAGAGAGAGAGGCCUGUGCCUAAAGAGAGGACUAGGUUUCGCUCUACUGCUCCAGUGGACUGUCUCCCCAGCCCCCUUGUCUCUCUAUCGUCUGACACCUCUUUACCCCCUGUUCCCCCACGAAGCACCCCCAAUUGCCCUCCACAGUGCUUCACCUCUUCCCUGAGCCCCUCACCUCCUACUCGAACCCCUGCCUCUCCUAAACUGGACAGACAUGCAGUUAAAGCCCCAGCUAUACAGAGCAGAUAUGUGUCCCACAGUUCCACCCUCAUCAGCAGUUCCACCCUCAUCAGCACCUCCACCCAUACCCCCACACAUGCACCUCCUCCCCCUUCCAACUUCCCCUCUGCCCAAACUCUGCCUCAGACCUUAGCCAUCCAGCCACCUGCCCAACAUUUGGGUAGUGAUGGAGAUAAACAAACUUCACCCGUCUCCCCCAUUGCUUCCCCAAGUGAUGACAGAAAUGCUCCACCUCUCCCUCCAAAAUCAGGGGCAGUACCUAAAGGCCCUCCAGCAAUCUCACAGCGGUUUCCUGCACAGUCUCCCAGUACUCACAGCCCCUCACCCACCAAGAUGGUCCCCGAUGAGAUGCAGAAAGACCAAACUCCACAGGUUCUACCUUGCAUCAGGACACCCCAAACUCUAGAAAACGCACAACAUUCAACUCAACCUGACGCUCAGCCGGCUCUGCCUGCUAAGAGUAUCUCCCAACCUCCCAGUGAGUCAAGGUUGGGCUCACUCGAUGAUAAUUCUGAUGACUACGAGGAUCCAGACUUGGCUUACCCCAGUGUUCAUCGAAUGAACACACCAGACAGGGAUAUGUCCCUGCAAGUUCCCGGUCAGGCAAAAGGACGGUACAAUUCUUUCUGCAGUGAUGAUGAGCUGUUGGGUGAUGAUGAACCUACCCUGUGGCAGGAUGGGGAAAUCAGCAACCUGCAAGGCAGUGUCUACCUGCCAAACACUGGCAGACUGACUGCAGCCACUAAAGAAGACAACUCUCAGCUUGCUGCUGUCAUCAAGAUUGGCUGGCUGGAUAAGAAUCCACCUCAAGGGGCCCUUUAUUAUCAGAGACGAUGGGUAAAGCUGGAUGUUGACUACCUGAGAUACUUUGACAAUGACAAGGAGGUGUAUUCUAAGGGGAUCAUCUCUACUGCCUUCAUCACUAAUGUGACCAGUGUGGGAGAGCUGAAGUUUGAGGUCGUCACAAACAACCGAACAUUCAUCUUCAGGGCUGAAAGUGAAGUUGAGAGAAACGACUGGGUUACUGUACUGCAGGACUGCACCAGGGGGCGCUCUGAGCGGAGCACCAUGAGCCUUGGCUCACCUUUGACCCCGGAUUAUCAGGGCUAUCUGGAGCUCAGAGGAUUACGCUCCAAACUUUAUACUGUUGUCGCCUCAGAUAAAGUCUUCCUCUACAAAAACAUAGAGGACUAUCGUAUAGGUGUGGGUAUCACAUCUAUUGAGAUGAAUGUAGGAAAUGUUAAAGACACAGAUCGUCGUAGCUUUGAUCUCACCACACCGUACCGCAUAUUCAGUUUCAUCGCAGAGUCAGAGCAGCUGCGAGAGCAGUGGGUGGACGCCAUGCGGGAUGCCAUAGAUGAGGCCUUGUCGAAUAGCGAGGUGGCAGAGCGGAUCUGGGCGGAGCCUAGCAACAGUCUCUGUGCUGACUGUGGGGCUCCCAAGCCGGAAUGGGCUGCUAUCAACUUGUGUGUGGUGGUCUGCAAACGAUGCGCAGGAGAGCACAGAGGACUGGGUCCUAGCAUCUCAAAGGUUCGUAGUCUGAAGAUGGAUAGGAAAGUCUGGACAGAGGAGCUUGUACAGGUGUUCCUGUUGUUAGGCAACGAGCGGGUGAACAGUUUCUGGGCAGCUAACAUCCCGCCGAGUGAAGCUUUGACUCCCUCUAGCUGCAGCGAAGACAGACGGCGCUUCAUCACCAACAAAUACCGCCAGGGCAAAUACAGGAAGUACCACCCUCUUUACGGAAACCAGAGAGAGCUCAACAAUGCUCUAUGUAUAAAUGUGCAGUGCAGUGAUGUGCUGGAGACGUUAAGCCUGAUUUUCUGCGGUGCAGAUGUGAAUUGUUCAACUGGUAUGGCAAGUUGGCCCUCCCCUCUCUCCCUGGCCAACGCACACUCACAACCCUUACAGGCUGAGUUACUUAGCCACAAUCUCAACACAGAGCUACCACGGUCAGAGGUGGGCGGGGCCAUGGAGGCGGUACAUUACUCAGCACCACCUUGUGUGUCUCACAAUGGCUUCCUGUUCAAGACUGCAUCCAUGGCUCGGGCUGUCACAGAGCGCAAGGCCAGAGAGGAGUUCAGUCGUCGCUGGUGCACGCUAAAUGAUGGAAUCUUCAGCUACUAUGAGAGUGACAGGAACUCAAACCCUAACGGAACUCUGAAGGCUUCAGAGAUAGUGUGUUUGGCUGUCGACCCGCCUGAGAAACAUGGGUAUGACCAUACUUUUGAACUCUACUCAGAGUCAGAGCGUCUCUAUCUGUUUGGCAUUGAUGACCCAGACAGCCACAAGGAAUGGGUCAAGUCUAUUGCCAAGACCUUUAUCCCAGCCACUGCAGAACCUUUACUGAGGUUGGGCUUUGAGCGGAUUGGACGGCUGAAGUGUAAAGACGGCUUGAACCUACAAACCUCCAAGGUUGGUUGGUUUGCUCUGGUGGGCUCCACACUUCACGCCUACCUGGCGGACAGCCAGGGAGAGGAGAUCCACCUCCGCAAACUGAACGAACUCUCGAUUCAACAAGACAAUGAGGUGCUGGUUCUGGUGGAGAGAGGCAGAACUCUGUACAUAGAGGGAGAGAGGAAGAUGGAUUUUGCCGGCUGGUGUGGGGCCAUCCAGGCGGCAGCAGGGAGUGGAGGAGACACACUAAGCCAGCAGCAGUUGACAGAGACAGACAUCCCUGUCAUAGUACACAGCUGCAUCGGCUACAUCACACAGUGCGGCUUGACGUCUGAGGGGAUCUAUCGUAAGAGUGGUGUGAACUCCCGUGUGGCAGCGUUGUGCGAGAGAUUCCGCUGUGAUGCUCGCAGUCUUCGUCUGAGGGAAGGAGAGCACCAGGUGGAUGACGUCUCCAACACACUCAAACGCUUCUUCAGGGAGUUAGAGGAGGGACUGUUCACAUCAGAGGAUGGCAGCACCUGGCUCAGUACUGCUGCCAUUCAGGAUGAAAGUAUGAAAAUCUCCCAGUACCAGCUGCUGUUCAACAGACUGCCUCGUGUCAACAAGGCUACACUACAAGCCCUUAUCAACCACCUCUAUUGUGUGCAGCGUUUUUCUGAGCUGAACCAGAUGAACCUCCAUAACCUGGCCAUAGUGUUCGGUCCCACGCUGUUCCAGACUGACGGGAAGGACUACACUGCUGGCCGUGCCAUAGAGGACCUCAUACAGCACUACACACACAUCUUUGAGGUGGAUGAGCAGCAGCUAAAGAAGCAGCUAGACGAGAUCACUGUUAUCAUCCAAGUGCGAGAGAAACUCAACACAAAGUUUCCUAGUACUGAACCUGGAGGACACUUCAUCUGUACAGUGUACCUGGAGGAAAAGAAGGACACAGCAGAGCAACAUGUCAAGAUCCCUGGUUCUAUGACAGCAGCAGAGCUGACCUGUGAGGUUCUGGACCGGCGUAACAUCCCAGUUAAAAGCAAAGAGUACUGGAGCUGCUGGGAGGUGUGCGACAAGGAGGAAAUGGAACGUCCACUGCACUAUCAGGAGCGAGUCUUACCCAUCCUUCACUCCUCUGGCACUGACUCCGAUCUGCUCAUCAAGAAACACGUCGCUAUGGACGCGAUGAUUGUCUACCUGGCCAGUAAAGUGGAUGUAUCCAAACACGGGAUGAUGAAAUUCAGAGAAGAGCGAAGCAUCUUGGGAUUAGGACUGUCCACUGGAAGUUUCCACGACCGAUAUUUUAUCCUCAAUUCCACCUCUCUCAGAAUGUACAAGGAAGUCAGAAGUAACCGUCCAGAACGUGAUUGGCCAGUGAAAAACCUAAAGGUCUACUUGGGUAUUAAGAAGAAACUCCGUCCUCCCACAUGUUGGGGACUGACAGUGGUGUGUGAGAGUAAGAAACAGGAGAAGCCAGAGAGACAGCAGUGGUAUAUCUGCUGUGACACCCAGUCAGAAAUGAGGGAGUGGUAUGCUACUUUUCUUAGUAUCCAGUACAAUGGCGACGUGUGGCCUCAGGACGGACUCCAGCAGACACGGGUGAGCCGCGUGUUGCCAGACACGCGUCAUGGUAACGUGUCACUGAUACCACUACGUGGCAGUGAGAAUGAGAUGCGGAACAGCGUAGCCGCUUUCAGCCAAGACCCGCUUGCUCUCUUUAGAGAUGUUCGAUAGUGGUCGCUGCAAGAAAGGGCGGACGGUCAGCCUCAGAUGACCUCAGAACAUUCCAGUGACAUCAUCAUUCCACGACUGUAAGGACCAGAAUGACUCAUACUGUAUGUGGAUUAUGGCCUUACACUGCCACCUGCUCCUUUGAAUAUGAACAGGACCAAAAAGUAAACGGACAACAGGAUCACAUGUAAAAUAUAACCUCUACUGGCUUCCUUGCACAAAUGAAUUUUACUUGACUUGAUGUACAGUCGAAGCAGCUGGGACAGUUUGAUGGACUACAGUCACCCUGAAGAUUUCCUAACUCGCUUCCAGCUCGACGUGCGGCAAGUCUGCGCCCAACGUUCCACUGUUUCCAGUGGUCAGUGGCAUGUGACUCACUGCAUUGCAUUAUGGGACACAGGCAUCAAAGACGUGCUGAGAGAAACCUUCAUUUCUUUAAUGUUUCAGAAGAGACUUAGUCAGGUUAGUCUAGGCACUAGCAUUGAGUGCUUAGCAACUUUUUUUAAUAGAAGAUUGAAGUUUAUUGACUUGCAGAUGUAGCUGAAUGUGAUUCAUAAUUUUGUGACGUUUUUAGCACUCUUUCUGUACUGUUUCUUUGCUCAAAGAGUUGUUGGGAAAAUCCUGCAGUUCAAAAUUGCUAUUGUAAGCAAAGGUUAUGCCAUAGGAGAAGGUAACCUGAUUUUGUCCAGAGUUUGUUCCACAGGGACCAUGACCGGGACUGAGAGAAAAGCUGAGAUAUGACAGGUGAUGGAUCCGUGUCUGUUACUCCGCAGGAUAUUUGCCAGUGCUGUGCAAAACCUCAGUCAGAGUUGCAUAUCUGUGCUUGUGUCCAUUCGUCUGCAUAUGUGCACCAGUGUGCAUACAGUAUGUGUGAAUAUGAGUACGUGUGUGGACAAGUGUUAACUAAUCGAAUGAAAUUGUGUCUUUUGGGGUGUGAAGGAAGGAGAGGCAUGUGCUGGAAAACAUGACUUUUCUUAAGAUUAAAAGAAGAAAGUCACAGUUGAGGGCAACAUGGCUUUUGUCAGAAAUUGUUCGAAUACAGUAUGUGAUAAAAUAAGAGAAGUACUUGAUUUACCAUUAUCCCUUAUUCUGAAUCAAAUAAUCUCAGUGCACCAAAAUUAGGUCACAUUUCAAACCAUAUUUAUGUAUUCAAAACACUGUUUUUGCCCCGGCCUAAUCAGUAGUCUUGUCUGUCCCCUUGAGCUCUCUUUUCUUCCUGUCCUCACAGUCUUCAGCACUGCCUUCUCUCUGUAGGACAGUUUGCAGUGCAUGGGCAGUUUUGUCAUUAACCAGCAGUAUUUAUAAAGUUUUAGAUUAUGAAUUAGUCACAUUGGAAUAAACGUGUCUUUUUUUGUUUGUUAUGCACAACGUAGAAUCUUUGCAGUAUAUUGUUAUAGUUUGUUCAUCAAAACCCCAAAAUAGGGAACUUAAGUUCCUGUCUGUAUGCACAAGAAACACAUUAAAGUGUGUUAUAAUCUUCAAUCAUUCUGAACUGCCCAUCUUCGCCACCGUGUAGUGUUUCCUGUGUGCCGCAUGUAGAUUUUCCCUGUUGUAAAGAUUUCUUAUUUAUUUGGACAGCAGAGGACGCUAGCUGCUGUGCUGAAGCUGCUCCACCUCUGCUGUGUGUGUGUGUGUGUGUGUGUGUGUGUGUGUGUGUGUGUUUCAUGUUCUUAUAUCCCAGUGGGGACUUUAACCUGAAUGCACACUAACCCAUGGGGACUUGUGUCACCGUGGGGACAAAAAUUGAGGUCCCCAUGGGUAGAGACUGCUUUUUGAGGUUUAAGACUUGGUUUUAGGGUUCAGGUUACAAUUAGGUUAAGGUUAGGCACUUAGUUGUGAAGGUUAAGGGGCGAGGGAACGCAUUAUGUCAAUGACUGUGCCUCACGGGGAUAGUGAAGCAGACGUGCGUGCGUGUGUGAGUUAUUAGCUGCCCUCCAGCCCAGACCUCAGCAGGAGUCGAGAAGCCUCUGUAUAGUAAUAUAAUUACACUCCCUAUAGAAAGUCUUCAUUCCUUCCAUGUUCUUUUUUUCAUGUAUUUGUUGUAUUUCAACUUUGACUCACAGUGGAUACCAUAAGUACUUUUUUGACACCGAUCAUCAGAAAAUGGAUAUUUACAAAUUGAUCAAAAUUAGGUACAAAUAUUAAACACAAAAUCAUUGUUUGCAUAAGUAUCCAGUCCUCUCAAGUCAAUAAGCUCUGCAUGGGAACUGUGAUCAAACUGUCAAUUUAAAGUCCUACCACAAAGAAUUAAUGUUUGGACUGUUGGACCUGUAAUAUUUAUUUGACCCUCCACCUUCACAAGUCUGCACAGCAGCAUCAGGAUCAGGGGAUGCUUCUCUCCACAGCAUGACGGUUCAAUCACAGGCUUCAUUCUGGAGAUGGUGAUGUGUGAUAUUAAGGUUACGACGAUCAUAGUGUUAACUCAUCCGACAACACAAUCUUACUCCACUUUGUUUCACAGUCUCCUAUAUGCUUUCCUGGAAACGUUGUAUGAGUCGAGAGCCAUAAAGCAGCAGCUGGUGAAACACCAGUGAUGAUAAUUUAGCUCUCUGGACGUUUUCUUGCAUCUUUUCCCUGAAUGGUAGUUUUCAGCAAACACACAUUUCUCUUCAUAGUUUAUAUAGGAAAUUGACAAGCUUUUGGACCUUUCAGAUACAGGUGUAUUUAGUUAGUUACUUUUCACACCUGAGUUACUCACAAAUGAUCCCUUUUUUACUUUUAUUGAUUUUUAUUGUUGUUACUUCUGAAAACAUUUGGCUGCAGCCACGAUGGGUGAAUACUUAUGCAAUCAGCUAUUUUCUGUUUCGUAUCUGUAUAAUACAUUUAUAGAAGUUUGUAGCGAUCUUUUUACGACGUACUUAGUACAUCACAGUGAUUCAGUGUUGUAAAACAUUAAAGUAUAAAAGUCCAACAGGGUGUUUGAACAUGCUUUUUAUUAGCUUUUUAUUUCUCUCUCUUUUCUUAUUCUUUUACUCUGAAUUUUACUCAUUUUAAAUCUCUGAAACUCUAAUAAACACAUUCAGUUA